AUGUCAAACAACCACCCGCUCAAGCUUAGAGCACCGGACGAGAAGAGGAAUCGGCGCAGCUCUAUUCUGAAGCCUCCUAAUUCGCGCCGGUCGAUUGCCCUGGGUGAACUUAACGGCAACACACCAGACGCGCGCGAUAGGAAAAAGAUAUUCAAAAAAGCCGAUGCGCCGUCCAAGACCGAUGGGCAUGAGGCGGAGAAACUUCGGUCCUCCAAACCGAACGUCAACUUCUCUGGCGGGUGGUCUAGUUUCUCUGAUCUCAAAGAGGUUAGCGAAUUGGCCCACACAGGCACUCGAGACAACGACAUGGACCCUGAGGAUGCCGAGAUGAACACAGACACCAUAUACGAGGAAAUGACCCGGCCCAGAGGCACUACCGACCCGAAUGUGAUCACACUGUCCAUCGCCGAAUCCGACAUGGACAUCUCAGACGCCCACGAGAAAUCCGACAAACCCGACAGCCCUCCCCCAGGCCGUAGCCUGAAGGGUAUGUCAAGCUAA